AUGGCGACGCCACCGACCAACGGCUCCGCGGCCAAAUCCUUCGACAUCAUCAUCGUGGGCGGCGGCUUUGGCGGGUGCUAUCUGCUUCACCGGCUGCGGAAGCUGGGCUUCUCGAUCCGGCUGAUCGAGGCCGGGUCCUCGCUCGGAGGCGUGUGGCACUGGAACCGGUACCCGGGGGCGCGGGUGGACUCGGAGAUCCCCUACUACCAGUACACGCUACGCGAGGUGUGGCGGGACUUCACCUGGUCGCAGCGCUUUCCAUCCCACGACGAGCUCAAGAGCUACUUCGCCCACGUUGACCGCGCCCUCGACCUCUCCCGCGACGUCCAGUACUCCACCGCCGUCACGGGCGCCCAGUGGGACCCCAAGGCCGGUCGAUGGACCGUCCAGACCAACAAUGGCUACGAGGUCACCUGCCGGUUCCUCCUCCCCGCCACGGGCUCUUCGUAUAAGCGCCACGAGCCCGACUUUCUCGGCAUGCGCACCGCCUUCAGGGGAGUCGUCGCGCACGCCGCCGCCUGGCCAGAGGGCGGGAUCGACUACACCAGCAAGAAGGUGGCGAUUAUCGGGGCCGGGGCGACGGGCCUACAGGUGGUGCAGGAGAUGUCCAAGACGGCCGGGCAGACGAUGGUGUACAUCCGGCAGCCCAACAUCGCCCUCCCCAUGGGCCAGCGCGAGCUGACGCCGCUGGAGCAGCGGGCGCAGAAGGCCGUGUACGGCGGGCUGUUCAAAUUGGCCAAGGCGGCGGGGUCUGGGAUCGCGGGUGACGUGCAGUCCAAGACGUUCGGCGAGAUGACAACUGAGGAGCGGGAGGAGAUGUGCGAGGAGUUGUGGGGCCGGGGCGGGUUCGGGUUCCAGUCAGCCAACGUGGCCGACUUCCUCGUCAACGACGAGGCCAACCGGGCGCUCUACGACUUCUGGGCGCGCAAGACACGGGCGCGCAUCUCCGACCCGGCCAAGCGGGACAUCGUUGCCCCGCUCGAGCGGCCGUACCCCUUCGCCACCAAGCGCAGCAGCCUCGAGCAGGACUACUACGAGUGCAUCGACAGGGUCAACGUCGAGGUCGUCAGCCUCAAGAAGACCCCCAUCCGCGAGUUCUUCGGCAAAGGGAUUGCGACCGAGGACGGCACCGAGAGGGAGCACGACAUCGUCGUGCUCGCGACGGGCUACGAUAACAUGACAGGCAGUCUGACAAGCAUGGACCUCAGGGGAACCGACGGGAUCGACCUUAAGGAGAGAGAAAUGUUCAAAGCCCCUACCGCCUUUAGCAACGCCCCUAUGUUUAUCGAGUCUCAGGCCGACCUCAUCAUCGAAUUCCUAGCUCGGCUCCGUAAUGACGGUGUCUCCAUCGUUGAGCCAACAGCUGAGGCACAGGAGGGCUGGGCGAAGGUUAUCCAGGACAUCAGCGAUAUGACCCUGUUCCGCCAGGUCAAGGACUCGUGGUACGUUGGCGGCAAUAUCCCUGGCAAGAAGCGAGAGCAACUUAACUACCUUGGCGGCAUGGACCGCUACGCUGAAGUUGUCUCCAACGCUUUCAAGAACUACUCCAAUUUUAGGCUCUCUGCUAAGAAAUCCUGCCAAAAGAAGCAUUGUUAUGAUGCCUACCUGUGA